ACGACGACACCUGCCAGUGGUCAGCAUCUAUACCCAGGACCGAUACCUUCAACGACGAUUCCACGCAUACAUCUACCCCUAAGACGCGACAUCUGCACACCAUCAAACGUAAACAAAGGAUAAUCACACACCUUCUCGACGCAGCAAACGAUGGCAGACAAGAAAGACAAGUCGACCGCAACGAGUGUGCAAGUCGCCGUCCGAAUUCGGCCUCCUACAACCCAGGACGCUUCCAUCCCAUCGCGUUUUCAGCGCGUGGCUGUAUUCGACUCCUCUGCAACUACGGUCCAUGUCGACCCCUCCACGACCGCCUCGCACCAGCACAACCCGUCCACAUCAACAGUCUCCAGCGUCUCCGCUCCUGGGGGCGCGCUCGCUCCACCUCAAGCAAACCAAAAGCAGUCAUUCACGUUUGACCGCGUGCUUGGCCCGAACACAAGUCAGGCCGAUGUGUACUCUAUCGCCGCCGAUCCGCUCGUCCAACGUUUCCUAGAGGGGUUCAACUGCACCAUCCUCGCGUACGGCCAAACGAGCUCGGGCAAGACGUACAGCAUGACUGGUGCUGACCUGCCUCCGCCAAGUAUUGGCAGCCAACCUCCAGCAAGCUCGGGCAUCAUCCCCCGCGCGCUGCACUCGAUAUUUUCACGCUUACCGGACGGAAGGGGCGGCGCAAGCUUCGAGGCGCGCGUCGCGUACGUGGAACUGUAUAAUGAGGAUUUGAUUGAUUUGCUUGUGGAGGAGGGAGAGGGUAGGAGGGAGGUUAUGAUCAGGGAGGAUAAGGAUGGAAGGAUAAAGUGGGAAGGGUUGAAGGAGGUUAGCGUGAGGAGUGUCGGGGAUGUGCUCAAUCUCCUGCGAAACGGCUCUGCUCUCCGCCGUACAAACGAGACGGAUAUGAACGCUCAAUCCUCGCGUUCUCACGCGAUCUUCUCGCUCACCCUGACCCAGCGUCGACCGCUGAACGCGCCCCCUUCUCCCAACCCCUCACGCGCAAUGUCACCCCCACCACCGAGCUCAUUCGGGACCGUACGUUCCCCUACGGGACGCACGAGCCCUGCACCCAGUCGGCUGGCUAGGCCAAGCAGCACCGCUCUUCGCGCUACGAGCCCCGCCUUUGGCAGGCCUAGCAGCGUCGCGGGUAACAGCUCGCUCAAGCCCAGGACGAGCGGCAUCAUGACCCCCGGUCGGAGCAGCCCGAUGCCCCCUAGCAAGGACGACGACGACGAUCAAGGAUGGGUGGUCAUGACGAGCAAAUUCCAUUUCGUGGAUUUGGCCGGAAGUGAGCGGAUGAAACGCACUGCGGCGCAAGGCGAACGGAUGAAGGAGGGUAUCUCGAUCAAUUCUGGUCUGCUCGCUCUGGGGAACGUGAUCUCCGCGCUGGCUACCCUGCCCGUGACCUCCAACUCUCACGGGGCAACGCACGUCCCUUAUCGCGACUCGAAGCUCACACGUCUGUUGCAAGAUUCCCUCGGAGGGAACGCACACACCCUCAUGCUGGCUUGCGUCGCCCCUGCGGAAUACAACCUUGCAGAAACGCUCAACACGCUCAAGUACGCCGCCCGCGCUAGGGGGAUCAAGAAUGUCGUCUCGAAGGAAGUGCGCGAAGAAGGCUGGGGGGAUAUGGACUGGCUCCAAGGGCAGGUUACCAAACUGCGCAAGGAGGUCGAAGCGCUCAAGGCUGGCGGAGCUGUCGCGGCCCCUGCGGGCGGUGCAGGAGGAGAGUCAGCAGCGCAGCUUGCCAACCUCCAACGGGCACAUGAAGAGCUCGCCCAGAUGUACAAAGAUCAGCAGGGAGAGAUCGACCGGCUCAAAGAGGCCCUCGCUGCGCCCAGCGAGCAUGGGGGCCUCGAGGAACGUGAGAAACGGAAAUACGCCGAGAUCGUCGCCCCUGUUGUGGAGGAAUACGAGCGCAGGAUGAGCGCGCUUGAAGUGGAGCUCAAACUUGCUCGUGUCGCUUUGGAUCAUACGAACGCGAUGUUUGACGAGAAAGAGGCUGAGCUCGAGGAGGAGACCAGGAGACGCACGAGGACGGAACAACUUGUUGAGGAGCUGAGGGCCAGGGUUAUGAAGCUUUCCGAGCGGGAGGGUUCUACCGAGCGCUAUGUUCAGGAUCUGGAGCAGAAAUUGCGCAUGCUGGAAGAUAGCAGCUCGGGUCAUUCGACCCUUGUCACGGACUUGCGUACGCAGAUCUCGAGGCAUCGGGAGGAAGAAGCCGCAACCGCGGCGUACAUCACCGAUCUGGAAGUCCGACUCCAGCGCUCGGAUGAGAGCAUCAAUGAGCUACGCGAUGCUGUGGAGGCGCUCGAAGAGUCCCUCAAGCAGCGGGACGAGGAAGUGGCCAAGAUGGAGCGACGUGUCGAGGUUCUCGGCGCUGGCGAGGGCGAGAGGGACAGCGAGAUGAAGCGGCUUAUGGAAGAGCUGGAGGAUCGCGAGGAGCGGGUGAAGGUACUCGAAAUACACGUCGCCGAAACGGAAAGGGAAAAGGAUGAACUGGAGAAGGAGAAGGCGCAGCGGACAGAGGAACUGGAGGACAAGGUCGAUAAGGAGGUCGAUGCUGCUGAGACUUUCCCGAGUUCUCCCCUUCAGGCGGUCACUGAGGUCCAGCUUGCUGCGCUCAGGAUGGAGCAUACGGAGGCACUCUCAGAACUUUCGUCGAUGCGUGCCAAGUACGAAUCGGCGUUGUCCGAGAUCUCUUCCCUCACCUCCCAACUUUCUAUCCACCAGUCACAGUCACCUCUCCAUGCCAAGAAGUUGUCUGCACCUGACAUCUCCGCCGGGCUACCGACUCCCGAACCAAGCGAAGGUUCUGAAGGCGAGCGAAACAGUCUCUUGGUCGGACGGCGGCAAGGACGCGAAACUCCAAGGAAGGACAGUGCGGGCCCCCGGUCUUUUUUCCGGUCAGCGGCCUCGUCAGAUCAGCUCCGGGCAAGGUCGCAAUCGCAAUCACAGCAGUUGCUUGCGCAGGAGCUAUCCUCACGGUCUGCUUGGCCACUGACACCCCCUAUCAACACCAAUGUGUCCGUGGUUGGGCAACAUUCGCACAAUGGGUCCCUUCCGAGUGGAGGACUCUUCUCGCCAGUGUCACCCAACGGGCACGGGCCGCGCAGCCUGAGCAUAUCGACUUCUAGAGACCUCCGCUCUCCACCAUCUCCUAGGUAUUCUGGGUCAGCCCUCUCCCCACCGAGCCCUCGCAUGAGCUUGCCAGUAAACGGCAGUGCGAGGAUGUUGGCUGGUCCCCCCAGCCCCCGCUUUUCUAUGGGAAGUUUGCCGGCAAGUGCAACUGAGGAACGCUCUGUUCGUGCGCUCGAAAGCGAAGUCAUGCGUCUUCAAGAAGCACUUAUGGCAAGAGAGGCGGAAAUCUCUUCCUUGGAGAUUGCAUUGAAGAAUUCGGCGCCUCAUCUUACGCCAACUUCAUCUGGCCUUGCUGCAGUGCUGGAAGAUGAGACCAGGGACGAAGUCAAAGAGCUCCAAAUUGCGGUCCCGCCUACCCCUGCACCUGAACAACAUGUGUCUACGCGGAUGCACCAGCGUCAGCAAUCAUCUGUCGGCUCAUCACCUGCGGAAUCAGAAGCAGGCGCCUUCCGUCAUGAAGAAUUGCUCCGGUCCAUGGCACAGAAAGAAUCUAGCCAUCGUGAAGAGGUGGAGGCCCUGAAUGUUGAAGUCGAGUCCAUCUCUACUAAACUAGCCCGGAUGACCAAGCAGUGCGAGGAUCUGCAGACUGUCUCGCGCGACCAGGCUCUCAAUAUGGCUGCCGAAAUGGAAUCCAUUCGUGAAAGGCUACGCACUACAGAGGAGAAAUACGAGGCCAUGACCGAGGAAGCCCGCCAGCAGAAUUUGGCGUUGUCCACCGAGCUGGAAAGCGUCCGAGGCAAGCUCCGCAGUGCCGACGACCAGCAUGAUGACCUGAACGCCACCAUCGCUGACCUCCGUCGGCGCGAGGCCAAUCUUAGCGCCGCGCGUCAAGCGGCUGAAGAGGAGCACGGUCAAUCUCUCAACAAAAUACGGGCCGAGCAUGAGGAGAACCUCCGCCGAAAGGACGAAGAAGCCAUCGCACAGAUGUUCCGGUUAAAGGAGGACCAGGCUGCAGAGCUCAGAGAGGCCGACUUGUUACGUGAAGGCACCCUGACAGAAUCGCAAGAUGCGCAUAUCGAAGCCAUUCAGCAACUUCGCCAAGAACACGUAGCUGCGUUCGAGCGUCGUGAAGCAGCCUGGAAGGAGGACUCUGAAAAGCUGAAAGCCGAACACACACGUGCUAUGGCCACUAGGGAGGAAGGGCAUGCAUCUAUCAUUGCUCGCUUGAAGGCCGAGCACGCGACGAUUGCUGCCCGUCUCGAGGAAGAGAAGGACGCUGAGGUUGACCGACUCAAAACAUCUCUGGCCCGGAGCAGAGAGGAACAUGAGAGUUCUAUGCGCAAGCUCAGCGAAGAAGUUGAAGGUAACAUUGCUCGACUGAAGGAGCAGCAUGCCUCUACGCUUGCUGACCUACAGCACUCGCGUGAGGAAGCCGUUGCACGUGCCGCUGACAAGAAGGUUCGGGAGGUCGAACAAGUCCUGAAUCAGAAGUAUGGCGAGAUCCUCGUCCGCAAGCAGCAGGAGCAUGAUGACCAUCUGGCAGAGCUACGGGAGGAACAUUCCGAAGCUCUUCAGAAGCAAGUUGAGGAACAUGGCCGUGUCGUCCUUUCCAUGACAAGCUCGUCAAGACACAAUUGA